CCUCCUUUCUACCAUUUACUCCUUUAUUAAGGAAAGAGAGAUAAAUCUGCAGGUUUUUCAACCACAAUUGUAUUCGUGUGUGUUGUGUUUUCGAUAGGACCUACUGCGUAUACACGUAUGUUUUACGCUAGUGAAAUAAUUCCUCGUUGACUGAUAACAAGCUGAUCUGAAUAUCAACCUUACGAAGGAAGAACACCAAAAGAAAACUGGAAGAGUUUAUUUGUUUAAAAGUAUAUUUUGUGUUUGUGUCUUUGUGUUUAAUUUCUCUUCCUCUAUAGUAGAAACUGGACUCGGUUAUUGUAAUUGAUUUGAUUGCAAAGACCGAAGAGAACUAUUACAAUUUGUAAAGGAUUUAAUUGCUUUUUUGUAUUUGGGUUGAAAUAAUUCUAUAUACUUCUAGUAGAAGGACCCACCAAAAUAUGAAAACAUGCCAAAAUUUCGCAUCAAAGAUAUAUUAAUUGCGGGAGCAACAAUUUCCUUCAUCUUUCUUCUGAUUCAAUACGGAGGUGGAAUGGACGGUAUGAAGGAUUUGAGCGAACUUUCGAUGCCUGAAGAGCAGCAAGAUAGUAUCAUGCAAGGGGAACCGGAGGAAAAGCUUCAAAGUGGUUCAGAAAGUAUAGACGAGAAUGAGGAAAUAGUAAAUGAACAGGGUCAAUACGAGAUACGAAACCUUGCAGCGUAUGGAAGUUUGGGUGAAUUUGAUGAGGUCCAAGAAGCAAUGAAGAUGAAACUAUCUCAGGCGACUUAUGAAGUGUCAAAUCAAGAAUGCAAGCAAAUUCCAAAAUUCAUUUGGCAAACAGCUAAGAAUCCAAUUGAACGAGACGUUCUCCAAUAUACACGUUUUUGGGGCAGCAACCACCCCAGCUAUAUUCAUAAAGUCUUAGAUGAUUCACAAAGUGAACGCCUUGUAAUCAAUGAUUUUGGAGAUCCUUCCAUUUCGAAAAUUUCUUCUGCCUAUACAAUGAUGCCGUUUCCUGUCCUAAAGGCUGAUUUCUUCCGUUAUUUGGUUUUAUUAGCCAGGGGAGGUGUCUACACAGACAUUGAUACGACUCCCAUCAAACAUAUUAACAAUUGGAUUCCAGAAGAGUAUCGCAAUAAAGAUGUGCGUCUUAUUGUUGGAAUUGAAGCAGACCCUGAUCGUCCCGACUGGCAUGAUUACUAUGCACGACGAGUGCAAUUCUGCCAAUGGACCAUUGCAGCAGUUCCUGGGCAUCCUGUGUUGUGGGAAUUAGUCCACAAAAUAACUCAUGGCACAUGGUUACUUCAUGAGAAGGGAGAAUUGCUAGAAGAUACUGAUGCUGUAAUGGAUUGGACAGGGCCUGGAAUUUGGACAGAUUCAGUGUUUGAUUAUUUGAAUUGGAGAUAUGGUCCUUUUAGCUGGGAAAAUGUGACGGGAAUUGAAACCCCAAUGCUUGUUGGCGAUGUUCUCAUUCUCCCUAUAACUUCUUUCAGCCCUGGUGUUUAUCAUAUGGGUUCUAAAUCAGUGAAUGAUCCCACAGCCUAUGUAAGGCAUUACUUUAGUGGUUCUUGGAAGAAAGAUUGAGCUACAUACAUUCGGUAACUUUUAGUGCUUUCCUUUGGCAUGAUACUACUACCUACACUACUCAUGAGAUGCCAAAUAUGCUUUUCAAUUAUUCUUUCUUCCUUUUCUUUUUUUCUUUUGUUAUUAUUUUUUUUUUAAAAAAAAAACUACUCCCAAGCAUUGUUGCUAUAUCUGAUAAUGGAAUAAACAUCUGUUUCUUUAGACGAUGAUGGUAGCUAAUCCUUAUAUCUUCUUUCGUUUAUUUCUUCUUCAGCUAAAAGUUUUUAUUACUGAUGGCUUGCUAAAACCGUUUUGUUAUGAUUUUCUUUAUAAAGCUUCUAUUGUUUAUUUAUGCUUCGAUUUGUUUACAAACAAACAAACAAACUACAGCUAAUUCAUCCUAGGUAACAAGUAAAUAAAUAAUCAUUUUUUGGACAUGAUGGUGUGAAAACUUAUCAAAAUGAAUACAUUUUUAAUCUUUCAAUUCAGAAAAAUGUAUUCUACUAACUGUUUACCUCGGUGUAGACAUGCAGAGCCUUCGUCGUAUCAGAUCUUUGACGAAUUAAAUAGUGUCUCUAGGUUAUAUUUCUGCUUGUUUUUACUUAUUUUCUUAUUUAACUUGUUUUUCUUUCAUCAUAUUUAUACUUUUCAGAUACUUAAGACAGCAAUUUGAAAGAUUGUUACCCGUAAAUGGGUUUCUUAUAUAAGGCUUUGUUUACAGACGCGUUCCUGUCUAAAGCAAACUAUCCUC